AAAGAAAAUGCGCCUUUCCUCUGACCGAUCACUGUAGCAGCACCUUCCCUUCAAACACUGAGAAGAAAACCGUCUUCAGAGCAUCUGUCAGACAUCUUUCUCAACCAAAGAGACGAGAAGAUCCUGCUGGCAACAGACGCAAAGAUGGCUCGCCUGUGCUGGAUGGUUCUGGUCCUGGCCUUCUUCCUGUAUGACAGUGUGGCUGCUAGGGAACAGAUUAACCUUGACCUCCGUGACACCAUCCCACAGGACCAAGACCCAAAUGCUCUCCAGCAAGUCUCUAAGGAUGACCCAGAGGGUCAAGUGUCCCAGGGGCAGGGACUAGGCGGGGAAGAGGGUGCAGUCCAGUCAACGGGCACAGACACAGGCGAAGAAAUGGGUGAAGCCAUAGGCACAGAAAUGACCAUAGGCAAAGGUGGAAAAGGUGGCAAGGGUAAGCGUAAGGGAGGUCGCAAAUGUAGAAAAGGUGGCAAGGGUAAGCGUAAGGGAUGCGGCAAACGUAGAAAAGGGGGCAAGGGUAAGCGUAAGAGAGGUGGCAAACGUAGAAAAGGUGGCAAGGGUAAGCGUAAGAGAGGCGGCAGAAAAUGGGGUAAGGGUAAAAGACGAGGCAAACGUAGCGCAGAAGGAAAUACCGAGAGCGACGAGUAAGAGAAACAGGUAUUGGGACUUGUUGCCCUGGGGCUGAUUGUCGGCAAUGAUACAGCUAAAAUAACUUCAUAAGGACCUGAGAAUCUGAGCAGCAACCCAAUGAAGGUCACUGAGAAAAAAAAAGUGCCUUAUGCUUACUAAAAAUGUGCUUGUUUCUUUUACUUCCUCUAUAUUUAAAGGUGCACUGUGAGUUCCUGCAUGGUCACUUCUGUUGACGUUCCAAGUAAAUUCAAAACUAAACAGAGCAAACUCGCUCCUCCCCCCAUGUUUCCGUAACUGUCAUGGCUAACUGACUCACUGUCAUUAACCUCCACCCCCUCCCCCAACCAUCUUUUCGGUGAUUGGCUGGAGUGGUUUGUUGUAUUUUGGUGCACAUCCUGUGCCCCUAGCGUUUGUUUGACGUUUACGACCCCUGUGUUGUCUAUCGAGACCGGGCUUUUUCACGGUGUGUUCAAGGGGGCAGGCAGCUAGCGGAUCAAGGAGAGAUGCCUACGAUUGGAGACCAAAAUGAAAUCACGCUGAAACCAUGUAGGAACUCAUAGUGCACUUUUAAUGACUUCCUUCUGAAAUGUGUUAACACUAGGGCUGUGACUCCUUUAAUGACUUCCUUCUGAAAUGUGUUAAUACUAGGGCUUUGACACCUUUAAUGACUUCCUUCUGAAAUGUGUUAAUACUAGGGCUUUGACACCUUUAAUGACUUCCUUCUGAAAUGUGUUAAUACUAGGGCUGUGACUCUUCGCUGGUCUCACGAUUUGAUUACGAUUAUCCUGUCAGUGAUUCAAUUUGAUAUCACGAUGCAUCACCUAUCAAUAUUAUAUAUUACUGCACAUGGUUUUCAUCAACAAAUUCAAGCAGUCAGAUAUACUGUAACAACAUAGUUUCAUAGCACCUUCAUUUAAAUACACUCUGGUCCAGUAGAUCCGAACACCUCAUAUGUAAUAGUUAUGUGUGUGGGUGGGGUGGGGUGUACCAUGUGCAUUGAAAAUAAGUUAUUUUUUAUGUUCUUCACAGAAAAUGAGCCAAAGCCAAUGAGUUUGAGUUAGAAUAAUUAAUAAAUAGCAUAAUGUUUCUUUUAGCAAACAUUGAAAAUGGGUCCCACAGACCUGAACACCACACAAGGGUUAAUGUGAAUAAAACUAACCUUUAGUGAUUGUACUCUGUACUUCUGUAAAAGGGCAUUCUCUUAUGUUCUGUUCUUUCUGAUUAAAGCUUCGCUCAGCAUCUAU